UGACGCGAGGUGGAGAUGAGAAAUCAUCAUUUAGCUCACUGUUAGCAGCCUGGAGCCGACAGCGAGGUGUUAUGAGAUUCGUUGCCAAAAUUUGUAGAUUCUUUUAUUUUUGGUAGGCGCAACGAUGGCCCUCUGACACUAAGAAUGGACAUAAGUUAACAAUGACGGGGGAGAAGAAGAAGAAGAAGCGGCUGAACCGCAGCAUUCUUCUUGCAAAGAAAAUUAUAAUAAAAGAUGGAGGAAGUCCACAGGGGAUUGGUGAGCCCAGUGUUUACCAUGCUGUGGUGGUCAUCUUCCUGGAGUUUUUUGCAUGGGGUCUCCUCACCACCCCAAUGCUUACGGUUUUACACCAAACAUUCCCCCAACACACAUUCCUGAUGAAUGGGCUUAUUCAUGGAGUCAAGGGCCUGUUAUCAUUUCUAAGUGCUCCGCUGAUUGGAGCAUUGUCAGAUGUAUGGGGGCGCAAGUCUUUUCUGCUGCUAACAGUCUUCUUUACGUGUGCGCCCAUACCACUAAUGAAGAUCAGCCCAUGGUGGUACUUCGCAGUCAUCUCCAUGUCCGGCGUCUUUGCCGUCACUUUCUCUGUGAUCUUUGCCUACGUGGCGGACAUCACGCAGGAACAUGAGAGAAGCACAGCAUAUGGUUUGGUAUCUGCUACCUUUGCAGCCAGCCUGGUCACCAGUCCAGCCAUCGGAGCCUACCUGUCUGAGGCCUACGGCGACACCUUGGUGGUGAUCUUGGCCACAGCCAUCGCCCUGCUCGACAUCUGCUUCAUCCUGGUGGCUGUGCCGGAGUCACUGCCAGAGAAGAUGAGGCCAGCGUCAUGGGGAGCACCCAUAUCCUGGGAGCAGGCAGACCCAUUUGCUUCUCUGCGUAAGGUGGGCCAGGACUCCACAGUGCUCCUCAUCUGUAUCACAGUGUUUCUCUCCUACCUCCCCGAGGCCGGCCAGUACUCCAGCUUCUUCCUCUAUCUCAAACAGGUCAUACGUUUCUCAUCAGAGACAGUGGCUGCCUUUAUUGCUGUGGUGGGGAUCCUCUCCAUACUUGCUCAGACGGUGGUGCUGGGGAUCUUGAUGCGUUCCAUAGGGAAUAAAAACACAAUCCUGCUUGGCCUUGGCUUCCAGAUUCUCCAGCUGGCCUGGUAUGGCUUCGGCUCUCAGCCCUGGAUGAUGUGGGCAGCUGGAGCAGUUGCAGCCAUGUCCAGCAUCACCUUCCCUGCCAUCAGCGCUAUCGUGUCCCGGAAUGCAGACCCAGACCAACAGGGUGUGGUCCAGGGGAUGAUUACUGGAAUUCGGGGCCUCUGUAACGGUUUGGGCCCUGCCCUUUAUGGUUUUGUCUUCUACCUGUUCCACGUGGAGCUGACUGACACUGACGGCUCUGAGAAAGGUGCCAAACCCAACAUGGCCAACCCCACAGAUGAGAGUGCCAUCAUCCCUGGUCCUCCUUUUCUGUUCGGAGCCUGCUCAGUGCUGCUGUCUCUCCUGGUGGCCCUGUUCAUCCCAGAGCACACAGGGCCCGGUAUGAGACCCGGCACCUACAAGAAGCACAACAACGGGGCACAGAGUCACUCCCACAGCCCCCAGGGCAGUGGGGCCGAGGGCAAGGAGCCACUGCUGGAGGACAGCAGCGUAUAACCUCAGCUAAGGGGGGCACACAUCCCCGCUCCAUGCUGGAAGUCCUGCACACAUGGAUAGACAACACACACACGUUCAGCUGCACAUGCACACACUGACCUCAGGCACACAUCGGACUCUAAAAUGUGCUAGAGAAGAGGUGACGGUGUCACUGAAGUGCAUUUGUCAGCAGCCCCUUUCACAGCAGAGCCGAGACUCUUUGAAGAACCUGAAUCAUGAGUGUGUCCAGUGGGUUUUGGGCUGCAGUGGAAAGGUGUGUGUGUGUGUUUGGAGAGUGACUUGGAUGAGCUGGACUCUUGAGUGGUGCUUUCUCUAAAGCAGUAACAGAGUGGAGCAUACCACAGCUUGCCCCCCUCCUGGUGCAAACGAACUAAAGUGACUUGGUUUAGCGUGUGAGUGGGCUGUAUCUCAGUUGUUACUAAAUCCCUGUGUGAUUCUUCAUAUUCUUCUGUAGCCCGUUCAAGUGGCAACUUUGUCUGUUUGUCCAACAGGAGUAUAACAAACAGUUAGUUGAGCACUUGUCUAAUGGUCUUUCACAAGCUCAUUUUUGAUCUUUUCAUCAUGGCUGCAGCUCUGCUUAAGCAUUUAAGAAGGGAACACAGUUGUUCCUCUGAAUGCACAGCAACUGUACAGCAGUAAGACGAGCAGGAGAGAUGCUGCCUAAUCUAGUUAGGAUGGGUUAACCUGUUCAUGUCAGAACUAAUAGAGGGACUUAGGUCUCCUUGAAUGCUUCAAAAGACCACACUUUCUAUAAAUAUCACACUUCUUGGAAGUGUACGACAGAGACCACUUUAUUAGCUCAAACAGUUUUUCAAUGUUUACUUGCCAUUCUCUAGAUUAGAAGUACAGUUUGGGUUGUAUAUUUUCCUCUGUUCAAACUGAAGGCUAGUUGUGCUUCAAGUUUUUAUUCAAGAAACAAAUGUUGCAAAUGUUGCCUUGAAGUGACUUAUGAUAUAUAUAUAUAUAUAUAUAUAUAUAUAUAUAUAUAUAUAUAUAUAUAUAUAUAUAUAUAUAUAUAUAUAAAAUUAGACAUUACCUGUAUGAAGACUGAGGUCUGAGAUGGCUCUGUAAUCUUAAACUAUCGCUCCCAUCGGAGCGGUUGCAUACUCCAUUAUUCCUUCAGUUUUCGAGCCUUUCCUUUUUUGUUUUUCACAUUGACAUGUAUUGUCAUCAGGUUUAAGGCGUACAGAACCAUGGUUUUAUUUUCAAAGCCUCUGGACCAUUUCCCACUGAAGUGUCGCCACGAGUGCGUCAGUGUCAGCCCUGACUGUUGGUGCAGAGCUGCUGAAUUCAUAGGUUUAGGUUAAACAGAACACAAGUCGCUGCUGCAGUUGAAAACUGAAGCAUAGUGUGACAUGGAUAGAUGAAGCUUCACUGUUAAUUGGAUAUGAGCCGUCAAACGUUUCCCAUCUGCCAUAGAAACAGCUAUUUAUGAAAAAUCACUUUAACUUCCAGAUGACAGCAGAUAGAGUUAAUUCAGCAUGACUCAGCCAACUGGGGUGAAGUCUGUCUAGAUGCAGGUCCUCCACAAGGGGGAGCUGUUGAGUCAUUUACGCCAGUUCUCCACAUGUCUGCCUGCACCAUCAGAGUGACAGAAGUAACACAGCUACAGACCUGCACAGACACAUGCUCAUGUUCUGACCUUUGUACCUACAUAUACAUAGAUUCAGCCUGGAGUUGUGAAUAUGGACCUGUGUAUGGACCCCUAAACGGAGGAGCCGCUAUUAUUUAUUUUCUGGAUAAAAGACAUUGUGAUGUUAUCAUUUGUCAUGAGAUUUCAGUUAGCCAUUUUAUGACUUAUAUGGGGUAGAAAUGUUUGAAUUGACACCUUUUCUUUCUUUUUCUUUUCUUUUUUUUUGUUUUUUUUUAAUUAAAUCCUGAGUAUAAAGCUUCCUUCAUGGAAAUCAGCUCAGCAACAUUAACGUUAUUCUUUUUUUUCAUCCAGAUAGAACUGCAGCUACUUAUGUUCAGUAUUGACUGGCCCAAUAUGGCAGCAGUGUCGGAGUACAAUCCACUGGCCAAUGUGGUAUCUGGAUGUAACUCCAUGUGUAGGUCUGCUCCUGGUCCUUAAGUAUGAACCAGUCAACAGUGUAAUACAACAUAGAAUGUCUGAACGGUUACAGCUACUGAUUAGUUACCUUACUGAUUAAUCUGCUGAUAAUUUUCUUAAUUACACAUCCACAAAAUGGUCAAAACUCUUGUAAACUUCUGAAACCCACAGAAACUGGAUUUACUGAAAUGCAAAAUGCUUUUUUUUUUUUAAAUAGAUUUAAUCUGUUUAAUCUCAGAUUUAAUAUGUGCAUUAUCAGCAAUAACAAGAUCAGCAUUUUCAGUUAAAUCUAUACAUCUUGUUUAAAAAAUAUGAUAGUCAAAGCCCCAUUUUAGGCAGUAACAUGAUAAUUCAGUUUUUUUUAGGCAUUUUAUCAUUUCAUUGUAAUUGGUUUGAAAUAUUCUAUCACUCAAAAUUGAUAGUUAUCACAAUCCAAGUUGAAUCAUUGUUCUCCUCUAGUUUAAGGCUGAUUAUUGGUCCUGAAUGAAAAAUAAAGAAACUUAACGGUUGGUGUUCAGAACGUGACAAAACACUUUCCAAAUCUAGAGGCAGAACACUGAAAAUGUACAAUUCAACAUCAACAUCUGCAGGAGUUAAAAUUAAGUAAAACAAGGACAACACUGAAGCAUUUCAUCGGUGUUUUAGUUGUAAAUACAGUUCUAUUUCCCAGCCUUAGUAAUAUUGUUUAAUCUAAUAAAUGGGAUCUAUUAUCCAGCACUAGUUUACAAAUAUUUUUCAUACCAGGAAAAAGAAAUAACUGAAACAAAUAAUCCAUGAUCCAACUCCUUUUGCCCCAGUAGACCAGUGACCAGCUCCAGUCCGACCUCAGUAUGUGUGACUUUGCUGCAGAUGUUUGUGGACAUGGCGGCUGCAGGUCUGAGCUGCUGUUUCUGUUCCCUGAAGGCGGCGCCGGUGAGUGUGGUGACGCCUGGGUAAUGGCGCUUCACAUCAGUGACGCUGCAUUCCCUUUACUUCACGUAACCGAUUCUUAUCGACUCUGACCAUCUCAAACUGCUCAUUUCUAAAUGCCUCAAGUGCAUUUUGGGUUUUUUUUUUUUCUUUUGUUUUUUUAUUUGGUAACCUGAUACCAACAUGACGCCGAGGAGCUAAUGCUGGUUUUAGCUGUAACAUCUGUCUGAACUCAAAAUGCUACGUCUUUUUUUUUUGUGCCAAAUGUUCUUUUGUUUGCUUUUCUUUUUGUACUGUGUGCAGAUGUGUGCUCAUGCAUUUGAGUGAUUUGGAUAUUAUUUUUGUUUAAUUUCCUUUUGUCUUAAUUUCCUUGGCUGACAAUUUAGCUACUUUUUAUUGUAUUUUUAGGAGUCUAGAUGGUGAAUUAUCGGAUGUCCAUCUGUCUUCAUUUAACAAGCAUUUCAACAUGUUUAGUUACAUUUGAUGAACUUAUCUUACCCAGCUUUAUCAGUACAAGUAACAUCAGUCACUGAAUGUUUCAAAGCCAAGCUGUUUGUGAUCACACUUUACCCUCAAUGUUUUAACUAAACCUGUUUAUUAUUAUUAUUAUUAUUAUUAUUAUUAUAUUAAUUUUUUUUUUUCAGGGGGUGUUACUACACAGGAGGCCGUUGUUAUUAAAUUAAACAUCAUCCUUAUCUUAUUUAACAUUUCUUGGACCAACACACAGGUUAACCCUCCAGUUCAGACCCUGCAUUAAUUGAUCAGAUUCUGCACCAGCCCCACGCUCAUACAACAGAUUAGACAACUGUAAAUGUACAAAAUCACCUGUACGUACAGCAACUGUAUAUAUGUACUGCUCAAGGAUAUGGCCACCUCUUGGUCUAUUUGGUUGUAUGGUGCAGUUCUAUAUUUCUCAAGACUUUACCUGCUAGCCACUCCUAUUUUUAGUACAAUGUGGUUUGUGGCCUGAACCCCCUCUCUGUGUGCCUAAAAUUAGCCAAGAAACGAGUAAUGGCAACAUAAGUCAAGUGGUGGUUAUUAUGUAAAUAUGGGAAACUAAUGACAAACUAUUUAUUAAAGGUUUAUUGUACAAUGAAA